GACCUACUUGCGGGUGAAAGCUACUAGAGUUCGCUUUGUGUGUAAACAGGUUGAGCGCGUACGAAAGUUUAUUCGGUUUAUUUGCAGCUUUCGACGUUGUUGUUCGGUAACACGAUACCUGAAUCGUAUAUCAAGUUCUCAAGUGCUUUUGGAGUGGGUUAAUUGACAGCAUCAACAAGUCAAAUUUUGAAACAGUCUAGACCAUUUCGCUAGCAGAGGCUAUUUGAUUGCCCCUGACACAGAUUUUCCACCCAAGAGACAAGUAAAACUCUUGGGAAAGUAACUCUCGGUUGGCUUGACUGUGUGUAGUGCAUGCAACGAAGAAGUGGACUCUGUGGUUGAUUAGGACGAUAACGAGGACACUAACGUCAACGAUGGCGCCGAUGGUAAGCCAUUAAGGCGAGGGUUAGUAGAUAAGGAAAAACUAACGAACAUAAAGUGGGGGACAGCUGGCGUGUGUUUGCAAGUUUGGGAUUCCAAUUCCGGGAGCUAGCCUCAUAUUAUUAAAUUGUUUGCUGUGUAUAAGUGAAACUAACCUGGAAUAAACGAUAGCGUUCGAGCAGGCGUUACAAGUUUCGUUUUUGCAAUUUGGAAACCAUAGGUCCAGAUCUUCACCUUCAUUCGAUAUCGACAAAUUUCAGUUCAAUUCUCGAAAGCUUCGGGCGGUCUUUCCAGCAAGUAAACCGGCACCACCGGAUACGAAGAAAUUUAAUUUUCUCAACCCGACCAGUGCAGAAAAAAGCCGCAAAAAUUGCUCUCAUACAAACAAUGCCCGGAACCUGCCAAAGGCUCCGCAUCCCGUCGCUAGGUAGCAACAAGUCGACCAAGAAUGAUUGCUGCCUGCAGGAACGGUCGACCGCACCGAAGCGGGAGUGUCACCGGGUGACGAUGAUGGGGGCGGCCCGGGUUGGCAAGUCAUCCAUCAUUUCGCAGUUCCUGUACGAGAAGUACUUGUCACGGUACAAGCAGACAAUAGAGGAGAUGCACCGAGGUGAGUACGAACUGCCGGACGGUUCCUGCCUGACGCUGGACAUACUGGAUACCUCCGGAUCGUAUCAAUUUCCGGCGAUGCGGGCUCUGUCUAUUAACACGAGCGGCGCUUUUCUGCUGGUCUACGCCGUCGACGAUGAGGAGACCUGGCACGAAGUCGAACGGCUGCGAGAACAGAUUGUGGAAGUUCGCGGCCUGUGCGUCCCGAUUGUAAUCGUCGGUAACAAAUGUGACGUGCCGGAGGAGAACCGCCAGGUGUCGGUGAAUGUGGCCCAAACUAAGGCCACCCUAGAGUGGGGCUGUGGUUACGCGGAGUGCUCAGCAAAGAACAACGAGGGCAUACUGACCGUUUUCAAGCAAUUGCUGCGACAGGCCAACAUCGAGUACAACCUCAGUCCGGCGGUCCGGCGUCGAAGAAAGUCCCUGCCCAGCUACACUGGCCAGAUGCACCAGAAAGGAUCGACCAACUCGGCCAAGUACUAUCUGAAGCGGCACUCGUGUUCGGUUCAGUGAAUCCAGCAGGCGAUCGGAAAGUUGCAAGAACGGAGAAUGCGUAGGAGAGUCGUUCUAAAGAAGCAAAGUGAUUAAACCUUUGGAAUGAGGAGAUUUCAAAUGACGACAACUUUAUGGUCUGAGCAUCGAAACGAAAUACGCACUUGUACUACAGGUGACAGCAGGGUGGGACUUUUUAUAUGUGUACUCCUAUUAGCCCAUUGGAUGUUUGAUACGAAACAGUAUUUUUUGGGGUUAAAGAAGUAUAUGGGAUUUGCUGUCAUUAUUAUUGUCAUGAAAUGUUUGUAAGCGAUUGUGCACACUCAGAACAUUCACAUAAAAAUCAGAAGAUAACUAAUUUUAAUUGGGAACAUUUACGAGCAUGGUCGAAAUUUUUAGGAAGAUUAUACACCAAAACUUAUAAAAAAUGUUACAUUGAUAGAAAAUUA